GCGAGAGCAGGUUCCUGGUUUGGCAAACACUCGCCCCCUCAGGCUCGUUCAUUCUCGCGAGAGAAAGCGCGAGGCCUGCCGGGAGGGAGCGCGGCCGUACUUAGGUUUGCUCAAAAUGGCAGCGCUGGAGGAAGAAUUCACGUUGUCUUCGAUAGUCCUGAGCGCCGGGCCUGAAGGACUCCUAGGCGUGGAGCAGAGCGACGAAACAGACCAGUUUCUAGUGACAGACAGCGGCAGGACAGUCAUCCUCUAUAAGGUUUCUGAUCAUAAACCCUUGGGGAGCUGGUCAGUGAAACAAGGUCAAAUUAUAACAUGUCCAGCUGUGUGCAACUUUCAAACAAGAGAGUAUAUUGUUGUACACGAUAAUAAGGUUUUAAGAAUAUGGAAUAAUGAAGAUGUAAACCUGGAUAAAGUGUUUAAAGCUACAUUGUCAGCUGAAGUAUAUAGGAUACUUUCAGUGCAAGGGACAGAACCCUUGGUGCUCUUCAAGGAAGGUGCUGUUCGUGGUUUAGAGGCCUUGCUUGCAGACCCCCAGCAGAAAAUUGAAACUGUUAUCUCUGAUGAAGAAGUGAUUAACAUGGAAAUUACUUUGCUUACGUGCAAAUGUUUAACUCACGUAUCUUAACCAAAUAUACACUCUUACUUGGACAAGAUGAAAACUCUGUUAUAGAGAGUUUUACUGCAUCUGUAGAUCGGAAAUUCAUCUCUUUGAUGUCAUUAAGCUCUGAUGGUUGUAUAUAUGAAACCUUGAUACCAAUACGUCCAACUGACCCAGAAAACAAUCAGAGCUUAGUUAGAUCACUGCUGCUCAAGGCUGUUGUAUCUGGUAACACUCAAAACGGAGUUGCACUCACUGCCCUGGAUCAGGAUCACGUCGCAGUCCUAGGAAGUCCGCUAGCAGCUUCUAAGGAAUGCCUCUCUGUAUGGAACAUAAAAUUUCAAACACUACAGACUUCAAAAGAGUUACCACAAGGGACCAGUGGUCAACUCUGGUAUUAUGGGGAAAAUUUGUUUAUGCUACAUGGGAAAUCUCUGACUGUGAUUCCAUACAAGUGUGAAGUGUCAUCAUUAGCAGGUGCUCUUGGAAAACUCAAGCAUGGUCAAGAUCCAGGAACUCAUGUCAUGCCCCGUUUUGUAAACUGGGAAACACCUCAAGGAUGUGGACUUGGAUUCCAAAACUCAGAGCAGUCAAGAAGAAUUUUAAGGAGACGAAAAAUUGAAGUGAGUUUACAGCCAGAGGUUCCACCAUCCAAACAACUUUUGUCAACCAUAAUGGAAGAUUCAGAAAAACACAUUGAAGUAGAAGUACGGAAAUUUUUGGCUCUGAAGCAGACACCUGACUUUCAUACUGUCAUUGGGGACUCAGUAACUGGACUUCUGGAAAGGUGUAAAGCAGAACCGUCAUUUUAUCCCCGGAACUGUCUGAUGCAGCUUAUCCAAACGCAUGUGCUUUCUUACAGUUUGUGCCCCGACUUAAUGGAGAUUGCCUUAAUAAAGAAAGAUGUACAGUUGUUACAACUCUGUCUACAACAGUUCCCUGACAUUCCUGAAUCAGUCACCUGUGCUUGCUUAAAAACUUUCUUGAGCAUUGGUGAUGACAGUCUUCAAGAAACAGAUGUCAGUAUGGAGUCAGUUUUUGACUAUAGUAAUUCUGUGCAUGAUGAGAAAAUGGAAGAGCAAACUGAAAUUCUCCAAAAUGGCUUCAAUCCUGAAGAAGAUAAAUGCAGUAACUGUGAUCAAGAGUUAAAUAAAAAGUCUCAGGACGAAACAAAGGAGAGCACUUCAUGCCCUGUGGUACCAAAAAGAGCAGCUCUACUUAAUGCAAUUCUUCAUUCAGCAUAUAGCGAAACAUUUCUUCUGCCUCAUUUGAAAGACAUCCCAGCACAGCAUAUCACACUGUUUCUCAAGUAUUUGUAUUUCCUGUAUCUGAAGUGUAGCGAAAAUGCUACUAUGACUCUUCCUGGAAUACACCCACCUACCUUGAACCAGAUUAUGGAUUGGAUAUGUCUACUUCUGGAUGCAAAUUUUACUGUUGUUGUAAUGAUGCCAGAAGCAAAGAGGCUACUGAUAAAUCUUUACAAGCUUGUAAAAUCUCAGAUAUCUGUUUAUUCUGAGCUCAACAAGAUUGAAGUAAGUUUUCGGGAGCUACAGAAAUUAAAUCAAGAAAAGAAUAAUAGAGGAUUAUAUUCAAUUGAAGUGCUGGAGCUCUUCUGAUAUUACCAACUCUCCUUCAUAGACAUUUUAUAAAGCUCUUUUAUGUGAACUCUUGCUUCAUCCAGGCAAGAACGGUGUUUUGUUUGCGACCAUCUCGGUGUCAAGAGAAAUGUGUCAGUGAGUACCUGGACCAUCACUUACUGAUGCUCCAGGGUAGGACCACAGGUUUCACACGAACCUAUUCUAGGUUGUGGACAUUGGUGCGGAGAGGUUCUGCAAUUUUUUAAAAAUAUGUAACUGGGUUGAUUUUAAGUAAAAUUAUUUGUGUAUUGAUAAAAGUCUAAUUUCUUAUGUGUUUUGAAUUGCUUUUCUUUUAAUAAAAAACAACCAUUGAAGCAGUGA